CGACGCAUUUGCGAUACAAAACCGGAAGGACUUGGUUGUGGUCGUCAACGUCAUACUCUCCUUUUCAACGAUAUCAGCGCUCUCACUUCGCUUUGCCAAAGUCACAGGAAAUGCAAAGCAAAGAAAUUCUGCGGAAUCAUGAUGUCUCUAUUGCAAUGUAUCGCGACAAAGUAUGGUCUUGGUAGUCAUGACUGGGAAGUCGACUCAUCUGACCAAGUCAAAUUCUACAAGGUGGGUGUGAGUUUUCAGUUGAUCCGUCUUCCCUUUGCGAGAUCGGUGCUAACUCAUAGCUUAGNNCUGUAUAUCUCGAUCUUCGUCUUCUACUUGGCCUGCAACAUGUUCGUCAAGUUUGCUCUUUUGUUCUUCUACCGCCACACAACAUAUGAGCGUUGGCACCACUGGACAAUCUGGUUCAUGGAGUUCAUCGCUUUUGCUUUCGGUGUCAGUAGCAUCUUGGUCAUCAUCUUCCAGUGUGUCCCAAUCGCACAUCUCUGGGACGAAAACACUCCUGGAACUUGCAUCAACAUCAAGGCUUUCUUCUACUCUAACUCGAUCAUCAUGAUUGUGAACGACAUCAUUCUCUAUAUUCUCCCUAUCAUCUUCACAUGGAAACUUCAACUUCGCCUUACCCAAAGAAUUGUUCUCAACCUUCUCUUCGCAUUGGGUGCAUUCUUCAUCCGUCUUUACGUCGUUUACCGCUACGACCAAGAGGGCGAUCUCUCAUGGAACAUCGCCUCUUGCCUCAUCUGGUCCUCGGUUGAGAACCAUCUCGCCGUCUUUAUUGCAUGCUCGCCUUCCAUCAAGGCAGUCGUCAGCGGUGUGCUUUAUCCGCUCGUCUCAUCGCAAGUCUCAUCAUUCAAGGACAAGAUCAAGAGGUCGAGGGGUAGCGAAGGCGGCAGCUUGCCAACACACAAGUCCCCUUCACUCACUCUGGCGACCAUCGGCUCACGCCCAAGCCGUUUCGCGCAAAAGGUUAGAGAUCCUUUCGCCAGUAACGCCCGUAGGGACAGCUUUAAUACCCUGGACUCAGGUUUCGAGUGCGUCAACCGCGGACAACAUGAAAUGGACCCCAUUGAACGAGCACACUCCGAGGCAACUCUGAGCUCGGCGGUCUAUCGAAAGGACUCAGAGGCAUCGACUUCCUCCAAGGAGCCUCAAGUACAAGUCUAUACCAUCGACGACGACAUCAGCCCUACUACUUCUCGAUUCCCCCAUCCGGCGCUGGAUUCGUCGAAGCCUCGUAGCCAUCAAUAA